AUGAAAAGAUUUUAUUGGGCCGAGCGAGUGUCAUUUAGGUUUAUUUCCAUUCUAAUUUUUUCUAUAAUACUUUUUACGUUCUUUUUUCAAUCCUGUUCCGCAGAUGAAAUAAAUUAUCAAGAAGAUCCUUCAUUCGAAGGAUUUCAAAUAAUACAAUAUGCUACAUAUAAUGAUGGAACGAUAUUACUUAGAAUUCGUCCUGAUGGUGAUGGGAAUUGUAGAGCAAGUGGUUUAUAUUUUCGUUUAAUAAGAACUGAUGGAACAAUUUCAAAUAUUGCUUUAAACAAUACUUCUAGUUAUAAUAUUUCUUCACAAAAUUAUUGUUUUGUAAAUAAUGAACUCGCCUUUACCUUAAGACCUUUGAUAAUGUCAAAACCGCAGAGGAUGACUUUAACUUGGUUAGCUGGCUAUGCAUUUCCCAUAAAUUUAAUUAGUAAUCCAACUGAUAGUGUACGAGUUUAUGGAAUUGCUACAAAUUAUAUAUUAAUUUCUUAUGAGUGUGGAGAUUUGACAAACAACCCUAGCGUUUGCGGACUUUUAUUGGACUGGAAUGGGAAUGUUUUAAGUUC